AUGGCCGACGAACAGAGCAAAAAGCCGGCCGUCCUGAUCGUUGGUGGUUUAGGAUUUAUCGGUCGCCAUCUCGCUCUUUACCUGCAUGAAAAUAACUUGGCUUCGGAAGUUCGACUAGUUGAUAAAGUCCUGCCUCAGCUGGCCUGGUUGGCCCCUGAGUUCCAGGAAGCUUGCUCAAAAGAUAAAUUCGUCCAGGCUGAUGCCAGCCGUGAACAGCACUUCCCUCGUAUCUUUGACCGUGCCAAUGGCGAACAAUUUGAUUAUGUGAUCAACUGUGGAGGUGAGACCAGGCAUUCGCAACCCGAUGACGUCUACGAAGUCCGCAGCUACGCCCUCACAGUCGCCUUGGGUCGCGAAGUCGCCCGCCGAGGUAUCCGCUCUUUCGUUGAGUGCUCAACCGCUCACGUCUACAAAGGCGGCUCGAGUCCGCGUAAGGAAGAUGAUAAACUGCAGCCGUGGCACAAGCUGGCCAAGUGGAAGAUGAAGGCCAGCGAGGAGCUGCAAAAGAUCCCCGGUCUCAACUAUUGCUUGCUUCGUCUGCCCCACGUCUACGGAGAAUAUGACUCGGGCUACUUCGCAAUGGGAAUAUGCCUUGCUCGCGUUCACCUGGAGCUCGAGAAGGAUCUGGAGCUUCUUUAUACUAAGGAUCUGAAGAUCAACACCGUAUAUGUCAGGGACGCAGCCAGCGCCUUGUGGAAAGCGGCUGAGUGGAGAGCAAACGCCCCCACGGACGGUUCAGCGCCCCUUGCAUUCAACGUGGUCGACCACGGCGAUACUCGCCAGGAAGAUAUCGCAAAGGCUCUCUCUGAAGUUUUCAAGCUCAAGUGUGACUUCUUGGGCUCUUUAGCUUCCCAAUUCGCGAAGCUGAACCUUGAUGAUGUUGUGGAUGACAUGAACGAGGAAUGCUUACAGGGAUGGGCUGACUUGCUCGAAGAGAAGAAGAUCGAACGGCCUGGACCCAUUGGCCCAUUCCUGGAGAAGGAUGUACUGAAGGACCAAGACAUGUGUCUGGAUGGGACGCUAUUCGAGACGACCACUGGAUGGAAGCCAUCCCGAGAGCGCUUCGACGCCGAUGCCGUACGAGACAUGGUUGAAAGUUACAAGCGAAUGGGCUGGUGGCCAUAG